GCUGUGUGAGGCGUGAGUAGCUAACUAACAGUGUCUUCAUGAAUAUACUAGCUGAUAUUACCUCUGUAGAUAAUAAAAUCACGCGUAUUAGUACCUUUACGUGUUACUUACGAACAAACAUUAAUAGAUAAAGUGACGAAGAGCUUAUGAGAAUGCCUGUUCGUUAUUAAUCGUACUAGCCAGCGAGGGAUCUCAGUUAGCUUUCGCAAUUUGAACGUUAGCCACAUUAAUGCUAAUCUUAGCACUCAGCAUAACGCCACAUUAACGGUUGAAUCAUCAACUUUAACUUGGACGUAUUGUUACACUACUGCUAUUUGCUGCUAAUAGAGAGUCAAGAUGGCAGAGCUAACAACACUAGAGAGCCUGCUGGAGAUGGGCUUUGAUCGAAACAGAGCGGAAAAGGCGGUGGCCAACACGGGGAACCAGGGAAUAGAACAAGCCAUGGACUGGUUGAUGGAACAUGAGAACGACCCAGACAUUGAUGAGCCCUUUGUGCCGCCCAUGGGGAAUGUCCUGGGAGGAGAAGCCGACAGCCAGUCCACCACGGAACAGCCGUCACUAGCAGACACCGCUGAAGGGACAGCAGGAGACGGCAGCUGCGAUAAUGAUGACAGUGCAAGGAUUCCGAUGUCAGAGGACGAGAAACUUGAGCAAGUUAGACGGCUAGAGGAGCUGAUGCGGGUGAAGCAGGCGGAGAGGCGAGAGCGAGAGCGGGCAGAAGAGUUGGAGCAUGAGAAGCAGCGGAGGAAACACGGCCAAGAGCUGCAGCAGAUCCGCCAAAAGCUGCAGGAUGACGAUAUGAAGAAGCUCACUGAUCAGCGCAUGAAGGAAAAGAUGGAGGACAAAAUGGCAAGGCAAAGGGUUAAAGACAAGAUUGCACGAGACAGAGAGGAGAGAGCACAAAAGUUUGGAGGCGGUGGACCCCCGAGCACCGCAGCAUCGUCUCAGCCUGCCCAGCCCAGCCCCCCAUCACCCACCAGUCACGGCCCCCCACCCACUAAGAAGGAGUAUGACGAGUCCAGGAUACAGGUACGUAUGCUGGACGGCUCGACCCUCACGGCAGUCUUCAAGGCCCAGGAGCCGCUGGCGGCGGUGCGCGUCUAUGUGCAGGUGAACGGCAACACACCUGAGGGUCAAGACUUCACGCUGCUGUCACCCUACCCCCGCCACGUCUACACCGAACUGGACAUGGAGAAGCCCCUCAAAGAACUGGGUUUGGUGCCUUCAGCUGUGCUGGUUGUUGCCAAAAAGUGAGAUGAGGAGGAUCUGCUCCGUGAGCCUACCUCACCACCGUCACUGCAUCAACACAAGGGACACCAGGAACAGAUUGAACCGGGAGCAGAGCCACCACCUCUUUAGUAUCACUCAACAAGUCAGCUAACUGAACUAAAGCAGAGAGAGAGAGAUGUAGCUCGAGGCUGCGUUUAGAUUGUUUCUAUCUACUCUUAUGAAGUUUACAGUGAUAAACAGUUUGGCUAACUCACUGAAUGAAUGAUGCCCUUUGCCACUCUGGGCUUGAUAUAGAUUUUGUUGUGUGCAGUGAGAUAGCUGGCUUCUGAUGGAUACUGCUUCAUGGUCUCAAACAACACAUUUAUAGGAAGGAUUCCAAACAGAAUUGUUUAAUUUUAACCUGAUCUUUACAAAGCAAAGUACCUCACAAGACCUACUCGAUGAAAGGGCCUUCGAUUUAAUCCGCACGAUCUUCCUGAUUUUGUGACAUUCUACUUUGCCAGUUUUUUUUUUAUAAGUUAAAAUAUAUUGAUGACAGUUAUGUCUACAUACUCACCAAUAAUCGACUUCAAAUAAAGCUGACUGAAAAUUAUGAUGGUGGACUGAAUAAAAAUAAAAAGACCAAAACCAACAA